GCCUCCAACGAGCAAGCAAUUAACUCCAACAAUUUAGUCUUGAUAUUUAGCUUCAAUUUCAAUGGUGAACAGUUUAACUUUUUCUUGGUUCGUAUCAAAUCAAAUUGUGCCAGUCUUGGACUCUCUUAAUUGUAACAGUUAAUCACUAAUUGUUGAUUGUUAUGGAUAAUUAUUCAUCUCCCUUUGAUAGGGAAGUGAUUCUGGUUCAAAAUAAGACUGAAAAAGUUUCAUUGAAAAGCUUCAAGGAGGAAAUUAGAGCAACAAUUGAUGUUGAACGUUUAAUUACCGAAACUAAAAUUAUAUUAGAUGUUGAAGAGACUUCAGUUCAUCGUAUUCUAGAAGUUGGUUUAAUUAAGAUAAUUGGUCGAGCCUUUGAUGUUAAUCAAUUUAAAUCAACUCUUUGUAUCAGUGAAAAUGUUCCCAAAUUAAAGGAAACAUUUCAAAGUUUGACUUAUGAUGACAAUGGUUUCUUUGCCUACGAUCAAUCAUGGAUUUGUGUAACAGGAAGUUUACCUUUUUUGUCUCAACGAUUAACGGGAAUCAUUUGUUUGGCUAAUCCAGUUAAUUUCGGUGACAAUGCAGCCGAGAUACGAUUUAUAAUCAUGGUUUUGGUGCCGAUUCGUGAGAAAGGAACCAAGAAUGCAUUCGAAACGGGUCGUACUUUUGGGACACUUUUUACAUCAGCUGAAUUUCGUAACAAUUUACUUCAGGCCAAAAAAGCUUCCGAUUUCCUGACGAUCGUCCGUCGUCGGGCAAAUGACCUGCUCAAUGGUGGUAAUACCUUAGAUCGGAUCUACUCGGUUGACCCUUAUGCCGGUGAUAAGAUUAAGUUGACCUUUUGCAAGGGAAUAAGUGAAAAUUUUAUUCGAAGGGCGAAAUUUUAUCUCUCCGAUUUCGUGGACGGAGUUAAAGGUCCAAACACUUUCAGGAAAACGCUGGCGACCAUUUUUUUCCUCUAUUUUGCUUGCAUCUUACCUUGUGUUGCUUUCGGUGUGCUAGUUGAUAAAACAACCAAUGGAUUAAUUGAUGCUAGAAGGGCGAUUAUUGGUCAGGCGAUUGGUGGACUAAUUUUUGCUCUUUUUGCUGGACAACCUUUGGUCAUUAUUGCGACAACGGCACCACUUUGUUUGUUCACUAAAGCGGUUUAUGAAAUUUCUCAAGAUUUUAAUGUUGAUUUUUACACGAUGUUCGCGACUGUCGGGCUUUGGAAUUCCUUUUUUGUUAUAAUCUAUGCGCUUUUCGAUGUGUCGAUGGUCAUGAAAUGGUGCACUCGAAAUACGGAGGAGAUUUUCGCGAUUUUUAUCUUUUUUGCGUUUUCUGUUGAUGCGCUAAAAGAUGUCGUUGGAAAUUUUCGCGAGUUCUACCCAGGAUUCGGUUGUAACGAGCCGAUAGUCGGUUACAUGAUAAAUUCUAGUGGUCAGUUGAUUAUGAAUGUUGGUCAAUCGAUGGAAACAACUAAUGCCACUUUGGUUAAUGUAACGAACCUCGAAUCUUUUAUUUACUGUCGACCUCAAAGUUGCCUUCUUUUUGUCCUGCUUAUGCUUGGGACACUUUGGUUGGCACUUAAACUUUUCGAGUUCAAUAAAACACCUUAUUUGGGAUCUACUAAUCGUGAAAUACUUUCGGACUAUGCUCUGCCCAUUUCAGUGGUCAUUUUUUCCGCUAUUGGAAGUUUCUUAUUUAGUGCAAUCGAAACGGAACAAUUUAAAUUCAGUGAGUCGUUCACUUUUAAAAUGGCCUCAUUUGACUCGCUCACUCCAGGAUCGAUUGUGGUUGCUGGUGGACUUGGAUUUGCGCUUUCGUUGCUUUUCUUUAUGGACCAAAAUAUUUCCGCCGCAUUGGUUAACACUCCUUAUAACAAUCUGAAAAAAGGUUCAGGUUAUCAUCUUGAUUUGUUAAUUGUCGGCCUGCUCAAUGCAUUUACCGCUCUAACUGGACUUCCAUGGAUGCAUGGGAUUCUACCCCAUUCUCCACUUCAUGCCAGGUCACUGGCCGAUAUUGAGGAACGGGUUGAAAAUGGUUGCGUUAAACAGGUUGUCGUCUAUGUACGAGAAACGCGAAUAACGGGAAUCAUUGCUCACAUACUGAUCGGCCUUUCACUUUAUCUUAUUCCUUAUCCAUUGACCUACAUUCCGGUUCCCGUUCUCGAUGGUCUUUUCCUUUACUGUGCAUUCGCUUCUCUUCGAGGAAACUCAUUCUACGAGCGUUUCCUCCUCCUUAUCACGGAACAAAACUCGUACCCACCAAAUCACUACAUUCGACGAUCACCCCAAAAGUACAUUCAUUACUUUACGUUCAUUCAAAUCGCUCAACUCGCGAUCUUAUGUUUCUUUGGUUUCUUUGGAUCACCGUACGUACAAAUGGCCUUUCCAAUAGUGAUCGCUCUUCUUAUUCCAAUCAGACAUUUAAUUGUUCCCAAAAUCAUUCCGGCUAAAUACUUGCGAGCCAUUGAUGGUUACCAUUGAUCUUUUUCCUUGUCAUGAUGAAACCAACGAUUCGGAGUUACUAUCAAUUGUAUCAAUCUAAUGGAAAUUAAAUUGUUAUUAACAAAA